CUUAAAUGGGUCUGAACUUUAUGAGUGUUCCGUUUGGAUCCUCCCUUCUUUCUCUCUCUCUCUCUCCGGUGCCAUGAAAUCCGGUUGUUGCCAAUACUGUUAUUCUCUCCGGUUCUGAAAUUAUCGCCGAGAAAAUGAGAAAUGUAACUACCAAAGCUCGCGGUGCUUCCUUCUCACACAUCCCUCUGUGAGUUUCUUUCUCCUCCUUCUCCUCUGUUCUUUUCCGGUCGCCGGAAACCUUAUCCGGCGUACUCAGUGACCGAGGAAUCUUCUAAUUAUUUUUUCGGGACUUUACUUCUGUUCCACCGCAGAUUCUUUGUUCGUCGAAGGAGCUCUUUCUCUUUCUCUCACUAGAGCUCUCUUGCUGGUCCUUCAACCGUUCUGGUUGCAUUUUACGUGUAUUAACUAAUUGUUGUUUUCGAUUCGAUCGGUUUUCCCGGUGCGGACCAUCGCUCGGAGAGAAUAUCCGGUGACGUUGAAGCAAUAUUAGUUGACUAUGUUAUAACUGGAAUAAAUACGAUAAAAACAAUAAAAAAGAAGAAAAUCGGAGGUGAAAAGUACCUUGAAGAUUAAACGUGAUGUUGGAUCUUAAUCUGAAUGCCGAUUCGACUCAGAACGGUGACUCGCUGGUGAUGUUGGACAAAUUUCCCGAAGCUUCUUCGGGGACCUCGAAUUCCUCCGUCGUGAAUGCGGAGGGGUCAAGCAACGGAGGAGGCGACGAGGACUCGUGUUCCACACGCGCUGGCGGCGUCUUCACCUUCAAAUUUGGUAUCCUUAAGGUGGAAGGUGAGAACGACGUCGUCGCGACUAAGGAGCUGUUCCCGGUGAGUGCCGGGAAUUGGCAGGGGCAGAGUUCGACGUCGUCGUUUCCAGCGAGGAAGAGUUUGGUGGAUCUCUCUCUGGAUCAUCAUCGAGGCGAAAAGGGAGAGACGAAGGUAGUUCAGGUUCAGCAACAGCCUCAGGUGAAGAAGAGUAGGAGGGGUCCAAGGUCUCGGAGCUCUCAGUACAGAGGAGUCACCUUCUACAGGAGGACAGGAAGAUGGGAAUCGCAUAUCUGGGAUUGCGGGAAACAAGUCUAUUUGGGUGGAUUUGACACCGCUCAUGCCGCUGCUAGGGCCUAUGAUCGAGCUGCUAUCAAGUUCAGGGGACUUGAUGCUGACAUCAAUUUCAACCUCGUUGAUUAUGAGGAGGAUAUGAAACAGAUGAAGAAUCUUUCCAAGGAGGAAUUUGUGCACAUACUCCGUCGCCACAGUACCGGUUUCUCAAGGGGGAGUUCGAAAUACCGAGGAGUGACCCUUCACAAAUGUGGCCGUUGGGAAGCUCGAAUGGGACAAUUCCUCGGCAAAAAGUAUAUAUAUCUUGGGCUUUUCGACAGCGAAGUAGAAGCUGCAAGGGCUUAUGACAAGGCAGCUAUCAAGUGCAAUGGAAGAGAGGCAGUGACUAACUUUGAGCAGAGUACAUAUGAAAGCGAAAUGAAACCCGAAGCUAUUAAUGAAGGUGGCAAUCACAAUCUUGACCUCAAUUUGGGCAUAGCGACCCCAGGACAUGGUCCCAAGGAAAACGUGGGGCAUCUUCCGUUCCACUCCAUCCCUCACAACAUGCAUCCUGGAAGAAGUUCAAAGAUAGACACUAAUGUUAAUUCAGUUAUUGGUGCUCCGUCUUUGAAAAGGCUGGUCGAAAAUGAAGAGCGUCCUUCUCUUUGGAAUGCCACAUAUUCCAGUUUCUUUCCCAAUGUGGAAAGAGCAGAGAGAAUUGGGAUAGAUCCUUCAAAAGGACUCUCCAAUUGGGCGUGGCAAACGCACGGCCAGCUUACUGCCACCCCAAUACCACCGUUCUCUACUGCAGCAUCAUCAGGAUUCUCAAUUUCAGCUACGUUCCCAUCAACUGCAAUCUUUCCAACAAAAUCUGUGAACUCAGUUCCCCAGAGCCUCUGUUUCACUUCAUCUGGCGCACACGUUAGCAAUGCGCCUCCAUACUAUUACCAGGUGAACUCCCCACAGGCACCAUCGUAGCCUAUCUUGUAAUACAAAUAUAAAUGGUAAAUGGGAACAAGCCUUUGCGUUUAAAACUCUGUUGUAUAAUUCAGUUACUGAUUGAUGUAUACUGAGAUACCGCUUCUGAUUGCACCUAUUGGUUAAACCAUUAUGCACAUCAUGUAUGAAGGGAAAAGCUAUUUUUUUAGUGCACUUCUUCUCCCACAAUUCUUUUUUCUUCAAAAUUAGUAAAUGGCUGUCACAAUUCGAG